UUACUCCGAGCUGCCGGUACAUGAACCGUGUCCCGAUACACCGCACAGUAAGUUAUAGAGCAAUCAGUAAGUGCUACAGGCAGAUCAUCACCAUCCCAAGCGGCUCCAGCCCUUCCUUCCAGGCACUUCCUUCCUUCCUCUCUUGUUCUGGGCUGUAGGGAGGGCCGGCAGCAUAUAAAGUUGGGCACAAACUUUGAGACAUGACACAGACCUCUGUGAGUGGAGAUCGCACGAGUUCCCUGGCUGUGAGGCUCGCACUCUCCCUGCUGCUGCUGCCCCUCACCUCCCUCGCUGUACUCUGCACUGGGGCAUCAUGCUGCUGAUCCCGCACAUCAUUUUUGUAGUGCUUGCCUUAGCCCACUUGGCAUACCUGGCACCCACCGAUCAGCAGUCUUUAGAAUUUGUCUGCAUCAACAAGACCUGGUAUGCCAUAGCUUUAAACAGCAAGAAGUACCAAGGAGCAACCAAAGCCUGCAAGAAGCAGAAUGGACAUCUGAUGACAGUGAGGAGCUCGGUGGAAGCUGAUGCUAUCUCCUUGCUCAUGGACAAAACUGCCAAGAACAUCUCAAGUGUUUGGAUAGGGCUGGAGCUGCCUUCACAUCAGAGAUGCACAGACCUGGGCCAUCAUCUUAGAGGGUUCACCUGGGUCACAGGUGACAAUAACACUGACUAUUAUAACUGGAGGAACAGGGAGAAGAAGUGUGGGGCACAGUGUGUCUCAGUGAGCAGAGAUCAGUUCUGGGAAGAAACAGACUGUGACACUAAGACUGAUGGCUUUCUGUGUGAGUUCACCUUCCCCCAGUCAUGUAGAUCGAUCUACUUACCUGAAGGAUACAGCGCUACUUAUCAAACUCCUUUUGGAAUAGUGAGCACUGACAGUGAUGCAAUGUUUCCCCCUAACACCUAUGCAACUGUAUCCAAUGUGGAUGUUCAACUUGUUUGCAGAGACAUUGGAGGUGGUAACAUGAAAUGGAUUUCAGAGACACCUGGAGCCUGGAGCUGUUUUAUUGAAAACGGUGGGUGCGAAUUUAUAUGUGAAGGUGAUCACAGUAAGCCAACGUGUCUGUGCAACUCAGGCUCUAACCUUAAAGAGGAUGGUAGGACUUGUAGUCGUCCAUGUGACCCUAAACCUUGUGACCAUCACUGCGUAGCUGUGGCAGAGAGACCUGGCUUCAUCUGUGUGUGCUAUGAGGGGUAUACGUUGGUGGAUGGGACCAAAUGUGAAGAUAUUGAUGACUGUGCUGCCAACCCUGACAUCUGCGAACAAAAAUGUAGCAAUACGGAGGGCAGCUUUACCUGCAGCUGUCAUCCAGGCUUUGAGAUGAUAGAUGCCCGCUGUGAGGACAUUAAUGAGUGUGAGGCCCCCUUUGAUCAGUGUGAACAUGACUGUAUCAAUACCUUAGGUAGCUUUCAUUGCGGCUGUUCAGAUGGUUACAUUGUAGAUGAAAAGAACCCCAAGAAGUGUAGAAGAUUCUGUGAGACUCCAGUGUGUGAAGCAGAAUGUGAUCUUAACACAAAUGCCUGCACAUGCCCCGAGGGGUAUGUACUAGACGAUGAGUCGUGGACUGACAGUUCAGAGUGCGUUGACAUCGAUGAAUGCGAAGCAUCUCAUUGUAAAGAGCUAUGCAUCAACACCUAUGGUUCUUAUGAGUGCGUCUGCCCAAUUGGAUAUAUCCUCCAGCCAGACACUUCUUGCAAAUAUGAUGACAGUUCAGCAGAACCCUCUCCAGCUACCCCAACUGCCCCUGAAAUCUUCACCAGUCCACCUGGUCCUGUUAUCCAUACCCUCCAACCAGCCAUGCUCCUAGGGAUCUGUGUUGGCAUCUUAUCCAUGCUUAUUGUCAUCAUAGCAAUCAUAUGUCACAUGGUGAGGAAACGCUACAUGGAUAACCACACAAUGGACUAUAAGGGUAAGAACUCAGAGAAAGAUGUGGUUCUGCAGCAGGUCAAGACAGCACCUCAACAAAAACUCUAAAAAUGAGAUUUGUGGUUAUUAGCAGGACUGUCAUUUUGGCCCUUGCUUAAUUCUGAUUAUCCAAGCUGCUGGAAUAAUCAAAUUUGUAUAGGGAUUCU